AUGGAGGCGUCGCGAUGCAUUGCCUGGGGCGUGCUGGACGAUACCCUUUCGCAGGAUCAGGCACGAGAAGCUUGUGAGAAGAUUCUUCAUGAAUUGCUUGAGGAGCCUUUGGCAGACAUACGGCAUGCUUUGACGACCUCGCAACCAGUGCCGUGGAGUAUAUCCAACGCCUACUACGAUGCAGACGUUGAGCACAGGUGGAUAGAUACAGGUACAAACCUAUCAACGGUGCCCGCACAUGUAUUCUUUGUCAACAGGGCAUCGCCUCUCGAUGUGCACCGUGCGUUGGUCCAUCGCCAAGGCCCUGGGCAUGAGAUCCCCAUACCUCUAAUUCUGGGCAUACCCACGGAUACCCAAGCAAGGGUCGAUCCUUUGGAUGUCGAAGAGCUGUACGCCAUGGAAGGAUGGGAAUACAUUGAUUUGGCGACAGAGCCCGCAGUGACAGAGCGUGUUCGAAAUGCCCUCAUGGUCCAUAUGUGGCCGACCCAAAGUCACGGCGCUGUGCCAGAGGAACUAUCGCAGCUAGAUCAGAUGAACCAAUCGAUCAAAAGCAUGCCGAUAUCACCCUCGAAAAUGCCCAAUGCACCUGUAUCGAUGCAGCAUGCUUUGGAGGCAUUUUUGGAUAGUGAUGAGGACCACGCAGACUUUGGCCCCUUUGUAACUGCGCCUGGUGCCACAGAGAAACGCGCUGAGUCAAGCGAUGCCGACAUACCAUCAUUAGCAGGGAGGUUCGCAGCCCCGACGUCGCCCUCUAUGGCCUCCGAGGAAAAUGAGGAGCCAUUCCCUUGGCUGUUUGAAACACUACGAAGGCAAAUGGAACAUGUCAAAUCACUACCUCUUGGCCCACAGCGCGAGGAGGAAGCGGCGCGUGUAGCUCUAGCUGUGCAACAAGCUCUAUUCCAAUAA